GUUUGUUACACCCCGCAUCAUUCUCUCUUCCUCAAACCAACACCUAGAUGAGUUUCCAAUAUUUGCAAACCUGUCCUAUUUAUACUCUUCCUCCCCAUUUUGCUCCAUUGAACUUUGAAACAACCAAAACUUGAAUUGUUAAAAAAAUUUCAAGAACAAAUUAAGGGACUAAGGGUAAAACAAAAACAACAUUUUUGAGUCGCAAAAAUGUCGUGGCAAACCUAUGUAGAUGAUCACUUGAUGUGCGACCUUGAAGGCAGUCGACUCGUCUCCGCGGCUAUUCUCGGCUUUGAUGGCAGCGUCUGGGCUCAAAGCCCUGCCUUCCCUAAGUUUAAACCAGAGGAAAUUGUUAAUAUCAUGAAAGAUUUUGAGGAACCUGGAUUUCUUGCUCCAACUGGACUGUUCCUUGGUGGCACUAAGUACAUGGUCAUUCAGGGAGAACCUGGCGCUGUCAUCCGUGGCAAAAAGGGAUCUGGUGGAAUUACAAUCAAGAAAACAGGCCAAACUUUGAUUUUUGGUAUCUAUGAAGAACCAGUGACUCCAGGACAGUGUAACAUGGUUGUUGAGAAAAUUGGAGACUACCUCAUUGACCAGGGUUAUUGAAAUUUCAUAACUUUAUUUUUUUUUGUAUUUUGAUGAUUGCAUCUUCAUGGAGGUUCUUUUUUUUCUCUAAGCAAAAAUAACUAGCCUAAAGGUUACUAUUUUCUCUUUGUUAUAAAUUUAGUCAUACAGUUUACUGAAAGAAGUGUUGUGUAUUGGUCACAUUUCUU